GAAGAGAGAAGAAGAGAGAAGAGAGGACAAGAAGAAGAGAGAAAAAGGAAAGGAGGAGACAAAUAAGACACGAGAGCGGAGAGACGAAAGACGAGUUGGAUGGGUCGAGGAUGGUCGUUCCUCUUUUUCCCGUGAGAGACGAGGAUCUCUUCUCGACUUAUGCGAGAGGAUUUCGCGACGUCGGCGGCAACCGCCGACACCGUCGAACGCCUACUCCACGCCUUCCAAGGCUUCACCGCCGAUUUCACUCUCCUUCUCGGCCUCUUUCUUCUCUUUCUUUUCUUUUUCUGUCUCUCCUCUUUCUUCUUCUUUUCUCAGUCUCUCCGACUUCCUCUUGUUGAUCCUCUGUGCGUCUUUCUCUUCUCUUUUUCCUGCUCUCUUCUCCUUGGAUCUUGCGUCGAAGGGGGCAGAGACAAAAGUCGGAACACCCGAGAGAGAAAGACGGAGAAAAGGAGAAAGAAAAAAGAGGAGAGAAAAGAGAGGCCGGACGCGCGUUCCUUCACAUGCCUCCUUCGAGAGAACAAGGAAGGUGAACAAGAAAGAGCGGAGAGAUAGCGCGCGACAGAGCGAGAGAUAGCGCGAGAGACAGCGAGAGGUAGCGCGAGAGACAGCGAGAGAUAGCGCGAGAGACAGCGAGAGAUAGCGCGAGAGACAGCGAGAGAGAGCGCGAGAGAGAGGCUCUUAGAAACGAAGGGAAGCUGAAAGGAGCUUUUGCAGAAGAACGGAAGGAGAUCCAAGGGAGAGAGUGAAGGACUUUGAGCGUUCGAAGAGAAAAAGUCGCGCGCGGACGAGACAGGAGAUGUCUUUACAUGCGGGAACGAGAGAUGUUUCCGUGAGAAAAUGCACAGUUCCUUGAAUUUCUUGGAUGGACAGAGAAAGACAAAAGCGAACAGGGGCCUCGCUGGCGAUGCGUCUUCCAAGAAGAGGCGUCUAUGCAGCAUGUCUGGACAAGCUGGGGAAAAAUCGAGGAGAAACUGGGGGAAAAGGAAGUCUGAAGCCUUUAUGGACAAGAGCAGCGGUGAAUGUCGAUCCGCAUCCACCGCAAGAAGCAACCAGGAGAAUGUUUACCACAGAGAGCAAGAGAGAGAAAGAAGAACUUGCGGACGGUGUCCUGCAAAUCGUGUGUGAGGCGCAUGUCUUCUCCUCUGGGCAGACACAGGGCAGACGCGAAGAGACAACAGACGCGCUUGCCAAUGUAUGAGCGAGGGAACUGAGAAAAAAGCAGAGAACAAAGGCCAGAGCUGGUAAGAUGUUCCAGAGAAAACUGAAGAAGCCUCCGUUCUCGAAAGAAAAGGAGACGCAUGCACGCGGUCUUCGCGCAACUCGGUCGAGCGACAGACGCAACUCAAAACACUCGCGAAAAAAGCCACCGCGAAAGAAAAUGUUUCUUUCUCUGCCUGCCCAUUCUUUUCUCUUUUCUCUUGCUUCUUCUCCCUUUCCCCCGCCCCCAUUCUUGUCUGUCUUCUUUUUCGUCUCCUCUUUCUUCUGGCCUUGUUCCGGAUUCGUCUUCCUUCUCAAGACGCUGUUUCCUCUUCUUCCUUCUUGUUGUCUCUUCCUCUUCCUUCGCCAUCCUGCUUAGUCCUCUCUGUGCCGCUCUUCUCUCUCUGCUGCGUCUCCUCUUCUCGACGGUCCUUCUCAGUUUUGCUCGGCUCCUUCCUUCUUCCUCGUCUCUCCCUCAUCCUCGCUCUUUCCUUGUCCUUCCUUCACUUUCCCUGCGGCCGCUUGUCUCUUGCGAGUUUGCUUGCGCUUCUUCUUCGCCGCUUCUCUGUCGAAAAACGAUUCCAGCUCACACAAGCUGCCAGUCACAUCCUCGCUCUCGCCUCCACCGUCUCGCUUCUCCCCACCUGCGCUUCUCGACCUCUCCAUGCUGUCCAUUUCCUUGAUUUCUUCGAAACCUCUUUUUCCCUUUCGCCCCGUCGACAACGUCCGUCCUUUCUCUGGAAGUCGCUUCGCUAGCUGCGCGCUCGUCUUCUCCCUGAGACGCAGACUUCUCGAGAAGGCAUUUCCUUUCGUCGAAACGCAGUCCUUCUGCGCAGCAGUCGCGAACAACGCGUCUGUCUGCACCUCGUUCCUGAAGUCCAGUCCAGCAUCCGACGUACGAGAACGGCUCCGCGUAUGCAGGCUGGAAAUGCAAAUCGGAGUGCAUCCUUUCCUCCCGCAGGCGCCUGCGCGUUGCUGCUGCGAAUGGUUCUGAGAGAGGAGACAGGAAGGGUGGCGCCUUCUCCGCAGCUUUCGAGAGUCGCCGACGACCAUUUUCUCUUUUUUUUUCUGCUGAAGCGCCAUGAGGGAGGAUCCUCCGAAGUCGCAGACUGUUGCGGAAGAAAGAAAACUGGACAAGCCAGGAAACGCCUUCUCUCCGUUGAUCUACUCCCCCUGUGUUCCUGUCCUCCUUGAAGAGAUCGCUUCUCUCCUCUUCCCCCCGUCCUCUUCUCCUUCUUCCUCUUCUUCUGCUUUCUCUUCGCAAGGAGGCGAACGGCGCUCGCAGCUCUCUCCUUUUCAGCGCCUGAAGACAGUGCCAGCGGCGGUGCCAGCAUGCAAUCUGCUCAGCGUUCGCGUCUUCGGCACGGCCUGCUGUAUGCUGGCUUCUUCGCGCUGGCUGCUCCUCGCAGGCCUCGUCGACUCUGCGAAAACUCUCGUCGUAGAUCUCAGCGCUCUCUCCCCCUCCGUCGUCGCUGCAACCUGCGAGGCCGUCGAAGCUGCGCGCAGGCGAGACCUGGAAACUGAGAGCGAAAGACAAGAGGCGGACAGCCCAGUCGAACGCGCGGAGCCUGUGUUUCAGUUCCUGGGAGACGCUGUCCCGCUCGCGUUCUCGGCCCUCAGCACCGAAGACAGACUUGCCGUUCUCCGGCACCGAGGAGCGAGGCCGAAGUCGCGCCCAGGGAAACGCGAAGGAGAAGAAGACUCCGAAGAGAGAGACGCAGAAGGCCUCGACGAACAGUCAGAGAGCCAACAAGGAAGAGAGACACAGAGAGAAGAGAGAAAGGGUGGCGGGGAGAGAAGAAGAGAUCCGAGAAAACCGAAAAGACAAGAGACCACUGAGGGUGAAAAACAGAUUGGAUUCUUGAAGGCGCGUAUGUGUCGGAGAGUCGACGGCAUAGACGUGGAGGCGUACAUGACGUCGCUUUACCUCUUUCGCAAAAUGCAGAGAGACGCGAAAACGCAAACGUAAAACAGAAGAAACGCUGUCCCUUGUAUGACCCACGAACGAAGGCGGCCGACCGAAGCCUCGUCGCCACUCUGAACAUGCAGAAACGCCGCUCUCCUCUGAAACGAUUCAUCUACACUCGUUUAACAACAAACCUAUAGGCACCGACCCUCGUCCACGGCGUCCACAGAAUGGCCCCCCGGACCACUCUGCACUGCGCUCCACAGCGUCAUGCGAGCUGGCUGCAAUAGAUGCAGAAUCAGACUCAUGUACACAUACAUCUGCUUCUAUGCAUCUACCUAAAUAAACAUA